AUGGUGCCCAGAAACUUCGCUACUGCCAGUGUACUGUUAGUCUUCCUUCUCCAAAGUUCAAAGGUAAUGACAGACUCCCACACUGGCUCUGAACUGUGGAUAUGCCAACCAGCACCCAAGUGUGGGGACCAGAUCUACAACCCCUUGGAGCAAUGCUGUGAUGAUGAGACUGUCCUGCCCUUGAGCAGGACCCGUCUCUGUGGACCCAACUGUCCCUUCUGGCCCUGCUUUGAGCUCUGCUGUCCGGAGUCUUUUGGGUCACAGAAGAGAUUUGUCAUGAGGUUGAAGGUUCAGGGGGUGAAGUCCCAGUGCUGGUCUUCUCCCAUCUCCAGGGUCUGCACCAAGUAA